UAAUGUUUUAGUAUAUUCCACUUGUACUGACAUUGUAUAAAUUUACAAGUUCGUACAUCGCACAUAUCCAGUGAUGGCACCAGGUAGGAGACGUCGUUCGGGCACUGGAUCUACCCCUUCCACCCGUGAUGCGGCGGAGACAGCAUCGCCGUCACAUGUUGCAUCACAGGCAUCUGAUCCAUCAAUCGUUCAUACACCAAGCACUGCAUCAUCGUCGACUAGCCGACGAGGACGUGGACCCACGCGUGGGUUAGUUUUACAGAAACUUACGCGUGAGGGUAGGGUGACAGUAGAGUUCCCACAGGACUGCCUUAGACCUGUUGGGGACAAUGCCAGGUUGUUUACAUCGGAGGUCGGUGUCUUAUGUCGAUCUCUGAUCCCUACCACCACCCCCCGUUGGGUAGACGUGACAGAUGAUGUGCGGCAGCACAUCCGUCAGCGCCUUACGGUAAAAUUUAGUAAAUUAAAUUUUAUUUUGUAAAAUUUCAUUUAUGGUUAAGUUAUUUUCUUAAUAAGUUUAUUACCUUAAUCCAUUAUUUACAAAAUUACAGGAUAAAUUUGUCUUGGAUUUGAGUGUUC